AUGGGGGCAGAGGGGGGCUUCGCUUAUUUAGGCACCUGGUGUGCUCCCCAGGGAAGGGUCAGUGAGGCCUCAGAAAUUGGGAUCUCCAAAGAAGAGGCACUGGAAGCAUUACAGGUUGUGAGGCAGGAAUGUCAUGGGGAUGCAACAAGGACUGCUGGGGGAUCAGGCGCCACCAGAAAGUGCACAGCCCUGGAACUUCUGGAAGAAGAGCAAGCCCAGGGCUUCAUCAUCACCUUUUGUUCAGCACUGGACAAUAUUCUGGGAGGUGGUGUGCAACUAACAAAAAUCACGGAGAUCUGUGGAGCGCCUGGUGUUGGGAAAACACAGCUAUGUAUGCAGUUGGCAGUAGACGUGCAGAUCCCAGAAUGCUUUGGGGGCGUAGCGGGAGAAGCCGUGUUCAUUGAUACUGAAGGAAGUUUUAUGGUAGACAGAGUAGUGGAGAUUGCCACUGCCUGUGUGCGGCAUUGCCAGCUUAUUGCUGAAGCUCAUCAAGAAGAAGAUAAUCUGAAAGCUUUGGAGACUUUCUCUCUUGAAAGUAUCCUUUCUCACAUAUAUUACUUCCGUUGCCGUGACUACGUAGAGCUUCUUGCACAGGUCUACCUCCUCCCAGACUUUCUUUCAGAGCAUUCAAAGGUCCGGCUGGUGGUGGUUGAUGGAAUUGCAUUUCCUUUUCGCCAUGAUUUCGAGGACCUCUCGCUCCGAACAAGGCUUUUGAACGGUCUGGCACAACAGCUGAUCAUCAUAGCAAACGAUCAUAAAUCAGCGGUAGUUCUGACAAACCAAAUGACAACAAGGAUUGGACAAAGCCAGUCCACAUUGGUACCUGCUUUAGGAGAAAGCUGGGGACAUGCUGCUACUGUCCGUUUAAUCUUUCACUGGGACAACAGUCAGAGGUUGGCAACAUUGUACAAAUCACCGAGUCAGAAGGAGUCAACCAUACCAUAUCACAUUACAUCUCAUGGCUUCCGAGAUGUGCAGCCUCCAGCUGUCACUCAAAAUGCAGAAGAUACUGAAAUGAACCCUCGCAAGCGGCCACGGAGAGAGGAGGAAAAGUAAUAGCGAUUCAGGAGUUGAAUGUUAAAAAAAUGUGUGCUACAUGAGAACAGUUGCAUACAGAACAUGCAACCAAAGGUAGCCUGAGAGACUCUGCCUUAAAUUCCUGCUCUGGACAUUAUUUUAACAUCAGGACUGCAAUAUGCAAAUUUAUGUAGCAGGAGAAUCCUUUGUGUGUGGCUUAAUUUUAUAAUAAAAAUCUGUAUUUUCUGUAACAAGAGGCUGAAUUCAGGUUUUUUGGGGGGAGACGGGGAGAAUACAACUACUUCUUUGGGUAAAACAACAAUGAAAUGUGAGCAUCUAACACAGUACAGUUAAUGACACAGGUCUCGACCACUCAUCAGCUUUUGCAUGUAUCUGAAUUUUAACAAGGUUUCAUGCAGCAGUCUGCUCACAUGCCUCAGACCAGGGCAGAAGGCAGUGGAGCUGCUGAUGGAUGCUUUAAGAUAAAUACAAGCCCAAAUGCUAUGCCAGAUGGGGGCAUUAGCCCUUACCUGCUGCAAAGUCCUUGAUCAAGGACAAUCAAAGCACUGUUUUGAACUUCUCAUUU